GUUGAUAAAUGAGGCCUGUCACGCGCGUUCGUUUCUCCGUCACUCAGUAUGAGGAUAUAUUCAGUUUAUUGACGUUGAGACAAGGAAGGCGCGAUAGGAUUGCCAUGUUGGAUCACUCUACCGACCUUCGAGCUUCUCAAGAUAGCCUAGCUUAUUUUAACUCCUCUUAUUUUUAGCUUCCUAGCCGCUAACAAAGCGACGCGUUUGCGGUCGACAAAUCGCAAAGGAAAGAUCCAGCGAGAGGGUAAUAGCGUGACAAUGUGUGCAAAAAGUGUGAAAGAAGAGUACGUGCUUGAACUUUCUCGAACAAAAAAGGAAAACGAGCGACAACGUCAAGGACUGGGCGCUGUUUUCGAGAAGUCUCAAGAUGUUUCGUUAGCAGUCAUCAGUAAAAACUAUAUUUGUCCUGAGCUACGGGAGCCACAUUCCCCUCACAUCAAAGAGGAAAAAGAAGAGGAAGAACGCCACUGCAUUACAGAGGAAGAGGAGCCAGACCCGCCCUACAUUAAAGAGGAAGAGGAUGAGGCUGACAUCACCAACUUCCCUUGUGUUAUUGUGAAGAUCGAAGAUAAUGAAGAAGAGGAUGAUGGAGACCACUGUGGAGGAUCACAAGCAGGCAGUCUCGUCACUCCACUAUCAGAUAGUAACAACAUAACGUCACACUCUCCUGACACUGAGGAUGAACACUUAAAAGGUGAUAUGACAUGUCAGCCUGACAACACAAAGUGGAACUGCUCGCAGUGUGGGAAAACCUUUGAUGCCAAGUUCACUUUGAAAGACCACAUGAGAAUACACACUGGAAUGAAACAUUUUGCCUGCUCAGUUUGUGGCAAAAGAUUCUCUGCAAUGAUUUGUUUAUCAAGACACACAAGAACACACACUGGGGAAAAACUUUUUGCCUGCUUAGUUUGUGGUAAAAGAUUCACUCAGAAGGGACAUUUAGAAACACACACGAGAACACACACGGGAGAGAAACCUUUUGUCUGCUCAGUUUGUGGUAAAAGAUACUCUCAGAAGGGACACUUAGAAAUACACACAAGAUCACACACUGGGGAGAAACCUUUUGUCUGCUCAGUUUGCGGUAAAGGAUUCUCAGAAAAGGGAAGCUUAAGAGAACACACCAAAACACACACUGGGGAGCAACCUUUUGCCUGCUCAGUCUGUGGUAAAAGAUUCUCAAGAAAGACAAAUUUAACAACGCACACAAGAACACACACUGGGGAGAAACGUUUUGCCUGCUCAGUCUGUGGUAAAACAUUUACUCUAAAAAGUCAUUUCAAUGAACACACAAGAACACACACUGGGGAGAAACCUUAUGUCUGCUCAAUUUGUGGUAAAAGCUUUUCUGUAAAAGAAAGCUUAACAAGACACAAAAGAACUCACACUGGAGAGAAACCUUAUGCCUGCUCAGUUUGUGGUAAAAUAUUCACUCAAAAGGGACAUUUAAGAAAACACACAAGAACACACACUGGGGAGAAACCAUUUGUCUGUUCAGUUUGUGGUAAAAAAUUCACUCAGAAGGGAAAUUUAGGCAAACACGUAAGAACACACACUGGAGAAAAACCUUUCGCCUGCUCAGUUUGUGGUAAAACAUUUACCGCGAAGACAGACUUAGUAAAGCACACACGAACACACACUGGAGAGAAACCGUUUGCCUGCUCAGUUUGUGCUAAAAGAUUCUCUUGUCAGCAUCAUGUUAAGACACACAGGUGUAUUGGUGAGAACAGCAGCAAAUCAAUGAAGCUUUAAAUAGACUACACAUAUAAACUUUGUCUCUUUUUGGUAAGAUGGAAAAGUAUUU